AAUAUAUGCAUUGAUUUUUUUAAAAAGAAUUAAAUUAAUUUAGCACAACAAAAUCGUAUGGUCAAAUGGAUUGGGAUUUAGUAGAAGAUGUAACUAUGUUUAUUCUCAUCAGAACGAACAUUUAUUUCAUUUAUUUAUUAAUUUAGUUAUUGGCAAUUCCAACGAAAAACUCCAUUUAUUUUUACGAAACAAAUAACUUUGGAAUGGAGAAAGCUUAUGAAAACAAUACAAAUGAAGAAUAUAUUGAUAUGAUCAAAUAUUCACCAAAUGGAAACUAUUUCAUCAUUACAUAUCGAAAUAAUACAUUAGUUGCUGUUGAUCGUAUCAGUCAUCGUAUUUAUUUGGUUUAUGCAUUCAACAAUGUAUUUACUUCUUUGAAUUGGCGUCCUGGAGCAUCAUUGAUUACUUGUACUACAAAAAUUUUAACCAUUGAAACAUAUGGAUCCAAAGGUUCUUCAUUUAAAUUUUCGUUCACACAACUUGGUUGUACACUUGAUUUUACUAUAAUGUUAUGGGUGAACGAACUGCUGAUAAAAGCUGAAAGUAUAUCACCAAAUUUUGCUUUCCAAAGUGGUGUAAACGUUGAUGAAAAUAUAGUUGGUGAUGAUGACAAACCAUUAAAGUUCUCAAAUCUCUCAAAGCUGAAAUCAUCAUUAAAAACAAAACUCAAACGUGUUUUGGAAUUUUAUCAUGAAAAACAAGGUGGUGACAGUAUAUCACAAAUUAACAUUUUUCGUGACGAACGUAUUGUUAUUCCUCCACCAAAUUCAACAAGUCAUGCUAAUGAUAAUGAUGAAUCGUAUAUUGCAAAUACACCAGUUGUUAUUCCUGAUGAAGCUGAACAAUGA